UCCCUUCUUGUUUUGGCAUAUGACUAUAACUCAUUAACUCAACCCCCACCACACCGGGUCUCCAUUUCUUCCAUUCUCCUCCUUCAGCAUGAGGGUUUCGCCGGAAAACAGUAGGCUGCCGACGAGUGGUUUCACUAGAACUUAUGCCAGAUCCAAAGCCCCCCGUCUCCGGUGGACGGAGGAGCUCCACCGCCGCUUCGUGCAUGCAGUGGAGAGGCUCGGAGGAGAAGAGAGAGCAACUCCAAAACUGGUGCUGCAGUUGAUGGAUGUGAAGGAAAUCACCAUAGCCCACGUUAAGAGUCAUCUCCAGAUGUACAGGAGCAUGAAGCAUGAACAAAAGAUGAAAGAGACCGGAGUUGAGCAAAACUACAUCGUUUCAAGCCAAACUCCUUAUAGUUAUCCUAAUCCUCCUCACUACAGUGGACAAGAGGCAGCUAUGCCCCCAACCUUUUUAGCUACAUUAUGGCAAGAGGAGGGACCAACCAUCAUGUUUAUGGAUGUUCUUAAUGGGAGCAAUGUUCAAGGAAUAAUAAGGAAUGAUGAUGGGAAUAUGGAAGAGGUAGCGGAUGCGACAAUAGGCUAUUAUGCGAAUAAGUUUUCAGCCGCAACAUCCGUUACUACUAAGAAUUACGCUCACGAGGAAUCUGCUAGUACGAUGUCGUUUUCCUCCCACAUCAAAGCGUGCUCGGACUCCGAGCCAUCUUACAACAAUCUCUUUCUUGAUCUCACUCUCGGUUAAUUAUUAUAUAUGUUCAAAAUCUUGUGGUUGAGUAAUAUCAUUUUGUAGUUUUAUGUUAGAAAGUCAUAAGUAUGAUCUCGUUAUAUAUACCAAAAUUAAUUCUCAUAUGUAA